ACGAGCAGCAGUAUGCUGCUCUUUCACCAAUUUGGACAAGAUCAAAUCUGGGCGUUGUUAAGGUGAAUUCUCUGCUCAAUCCUUGGCCUGGGUUUUUUAGCUGUAGAGCAAGCAAAAUUCCCACUGGAAUUUUUAUGUAUGUGUACCGAAAAAGUACGUACAAGAGGGAUAUACAAGAGAUAUACCUCUCUUCUUUCAGAGCUAAGCUAUUGUGGAACUAGGAAAUAGGAGUAUUAAAAGGUUGUUCGUGUUCAAUCAGUGCUAAGCUCUCUACUUUCAUACGCUGCAUUUCCUUUUUCCUCCAACCUUCAAAAUAUGGCAGAGUCGCUGCUUCUCCCACUAGUGCGCGGCGUGGCCGGCAAGGCCGCAGAUGCACUUGUAGAGACCAUUACCCACAUGUGUGGCCUCGACGAUGACCACCGAACGCUGGAGCGCCAUCUGCUAGCCGUCGAGUGCAAGCUUGCUAACGCCGAGGAGAGGAGCGAGACAAACGACUAUGUCAAGAGCUGGAUGAAGGAGCUCAAGUCUGUCGCCUACGAGGCCGACGACGUGCUCGAUGACUUCCAGUAUGAGGCACUGCGCUGUCGGUCUAAGAUUGGCAAGUCCACUAUCCGCAAGGUACUCGGCUACAUCAAGCACCACAGCCCGCUACUCUUCUGUUUUGAAAUGAGAAAGAAACUCAAGAACGUACCCGAGAAGAUCAAUAAAUUGGUUGAGGAGAUGAACAAGUAUGGACUGGAGAAUUCUGUACAUAGGGAGGAGCAGCGACAUUCUUGGCGGCAGACACACUCAAAACUGGACGACUCUACCAAAAUCUUUGGAAGAGAUGAUGAUAAGGAAGUGGUGGCGAACUUGCUGCUGGACCAGCAAGAUCAGUUGAAGGUGCAGGUCCUGCCCAUCUUUGGGAUGGGAGGUCUUGGCAAGACAACUCUUGCUAAGAUGUUGUAUAAUGACCAAGGGGUCCAGCAGCAUUUCCAGUUGAAGAUGUGGCACUGCGUGUCGGACAACUUUGAUGCCAUUGCUAUUGUCAAAUCCAUCAUUGAGUUGGCUACAAAUGGAAGUUGUGACCUGCCUGGCAGCAUUGAACUAUUGCAAAAGCGACUUGAACAAGUCAUUGGCCAAAAAAGGUUUAUGCUCGUGCUUGAUGAUGUGUGGAAUGAAGAUGAGAGGAAGUGGGAGGAUGUCCUGAAGCCUCUUUUGUGUUCUAUUGGAGGACCAGGAAGCGUAAUAGUUGUCACAACUCAAAGCCAGAAAGUGGCCGCUAUAAUGCAGACCCUUCAACCCCACAAGCUAGCAUGUCUGAGUGAACGAGAUUCAUGGGAAUUAUUUGCAAAGAAAGCAUAUGGCAACGGUGUAGAGCAGGAGCAAGCAGAGUUGGUCGGCAUUGGCAAACGUACUGUCAACAAAUGCAGGGGGCUGCCUCUUGCUCUCAAGACAAUGGGUGGAUUGCCAAGUUCAUAUCAACAAGUACAAGAAUGGAAGGCCAUCGAAGAAAGUAAUAUUAGGGAUAAUGAUAGAGGGAAAGAUGAGAUCAUUUCCAUCCUAAAGUUGAGCUAUACCCACCUAUCAUCUGAAAUGGAGCAAUGUUUUGCAUUCUUAGCAGUUUUUCCCAAGGACUAUAAGAUGGACAGGAACAUGUUGAUCCAGCUAUGGAUGGCAAAUGGUUUUAUUCAAGAGAAGGAACAAUGGAUUUAACACGGAAAGGAGAAUUCAUUUUCGAUGAGUUAGUUUGGAGGUCCUUCCUCCUAGAUAAGCAGGAGUGCACACACAAAUUAUGCUACACACAGUUAUGUGACUAUUGACUGUAAAAUGCAUGAUUUGGCUCAUAGAUGAAUGUGCAAGUAUAGAAGAAUUGACUCGAUAGAAAGAAUUGUUAAAAAUGUUUGUGCCAUGCAAAUGUCAGAGGCUGAAUUGGAACAAAUUAGUGGGCUAUGUAAAGGCAGAACAAACCUCCGCACUCUCUUAGCUCCUUCAGAAUCACACAAGGUUUAAAAAGAGUUGCUACAUGCAUCGAGAUCACUAAGAGCAUUGCAUUGCUCCCCUUCUUCAGUUGCCAAUUGCAAGGCCA